AUGAAGAAGCAAUUGACGGGUUUAAGGGGUGAUUCUCACCUUCACUCGGCGAUUAGAGUUGGGAAUUUGGAGUUGGUCUUGGAAAUUAUAUCUGAGAAUCAAGUGAAGGAGUUGAUCAAAUAUCAUGAUAUUGGGUUGGCUAGCUUGAAAGCUAGAAAUGGAUUUGAUGCUUUUCACGUUGCUGCUAAAAAUGGAAAUUUGGAGAUAUUGAAGGUUCUAACGGAGGCAUUUCCUGAAAUCUCUAUGACCGUUGAUCUGACAAAUACUACUGCACUGCACACUGCGGUCUCACAAGGACAUAUUGAGGUAGUUAAUUUUCUCUUAGAGAAAAGCAGCAGCGUCGUAACUAUAGCAAAAAGUAACGGAAAAACUGCAUUUCAUUCCGCUGCAAGAAAUGGCCAUGUGGAUGUCAUCAAAGCACUACUUAGUAGUGAACCUGAAAUCGCAAUGAGAAUUGAUAAGAAGGGGCAAACUGCACUCCAUAUGGCAGUUAAAGGACAAAAUCUGGAGGUAGUGGACGAGCUUUUGAAACUGAACCCAUCUUUUGCUAAUAUGGUGGAUGCUAAGGGAAACACUGUGCUUCAUAUAACAACCCGGAAGGGUCGUUUACAGAUUGUUCAGAAGCUACUAGAUUGCAAAGAAAUAGACACUGAUGUUAUUAAUAAAUCUGGAGAAACGGCUUUGGAUAUUGCAGAGAGAAAUGGUUGCUUGGAUAUCGCCAAAUAUUUGCAGGAUCAUGGAGCUCAAAAUGCUAGGUCCAUCAAGUCUCCUUCUACGAACAGAGCCCUUGAACUCAAACAAACAGUGAGUGACAUAAAAAGCGGGGUUCAUAACCAGCUAGAACACACGUUUAAAACACAGAGGCGUAUGAAGGGUAUAGCAAAGCGAAUUAACAAGAUGCAGGCUGAGGGGCUUAACAAUGCGAUAAACUCCAACACCAUAGUUGCUGUCCUCAUUGCAACAGUUGCUUUUGCUGCCAUAUUUACUGUCCCAGGCCAGUAUCCUCAGAACACGAAGCAACUCGCUCCUGGAAUGUCUCCAGGGGAAGCCAAUAUCGCUCCGAAUAUUAAGUUCUUGAUAUUUGUAAUCUUCGAUUCUACUGCCCUUUUCAUAUCAUUGGCUGUUGUGAUUGUCCAAACAUCAGUAGUUGUUAUUGAAAGGGAAGCAAAGAAACAAAUGACGGCGAUUAUAAAUAAGUUAAUGUGGAUAGCCUGUGUGUUAAUUUCUGUGGCAUUUCUCGCAAUGUCAUACAUAGUUGUCGGGGAUCAGAAAGAAUUGGCUAUUGCAGCCACAGCACUUGGAACGGUGAUUAUGGCAGCUACUCUAGGAACACUUUGUUAUUGGGUGAUUGCUCACCGCCUCGAGGCCUCCAGAUUACGAAGUCUUAGAACAAUGACGAGCAGUAGGCAGUCAUUGACUAUGUCCGGGAUCUCAGCUUCCGAGAAUGAGUACAAAGCAGUGUACGCAAUAUAA